AGUGUCGGGGCUCGCGCAUUUCGCUGCUUGUGCACGGAGAAACCGAUUUGUUUACCAACAAAAGUGGAUCACUCACGAGUUUAAGAUGUCCCGACGAAAACAGAUCAAACCUCAGCACAUAUCCAAUGGGUCUGAUGAGGACGAUGAUAACGACCGUAAGUUACAGAUUGAUAUAAAAGACAAUGUUACAAGUUCGAAAACUGUGGAACGCCAUACUGAAACAGAAGAGCCAACAACAAAAACUGACGAAACGGAAGAGAAAGAAUGUGACUCGUCAGACGAGAGCACAGAAAAGUCUCAAUUAACGAAGUCGUGUUGUAAUUCAAAACAUAAAAAAAUAUCAAAAUCGGACUCAGAAAGAAACAAUAAAGAAUUAAACAAAUCAGAUACUGAAGCAGAAAAUAAAGAAUUGAUCAAAUCGGACACUGAAGAAGAACACAAAGAUCACAAAAAGUCUGUUCGAACUGAGUCUGACUGUAACAAUGUUGAAAGUAGAAAAUCGUCUAAGGUGACGGGUGUUGCUGAAACGGGAAGCCCCAGCUUGAAGAAAGCAGCAAGGAACGUGGGAAUCUCGCCAUCGUCGGGGAAUGUCAUCGUGACCCGAACAGUCGCACGUUUGAGACAGCAGGGUAAACGGGAUGGAACUGUAAAAAAUGACGACGACGACCACGACAGGAAGCGGAAGUAUGACAGUGAUUCGGACGCCGACGAGAGUGACCAGGAUGACGUGGCCGAAAGCUGGACGCCUGAGAAGCCGGCAGCAGGCGGCAAGACUCUGAGGUCGGCCGGUCGCAGGCCGAUGACCACCGACAGCAGCCCACGACUACAUGGCCGCACGUGCGAGUACUGCGGCGCCGUGAAGCCAACGCCAGCCGCGCUGCAGCGACAUCUACGCAAACACACCGGCGAACGGCCGUUUGUGUGCAAGGUGUGUAGCAAAGCGUACAAGGCCAAGCGGAGUCUUCAGUUGCACCUCCUGUCUAACCAUUCGGCCAUGAUCGACAAGUCGGCCCCGCACCACAUCAAGCAAGACACCACCAACCAGCUGAGGGAGGCCAUCGAGCAGAAGAUGAAGAACGAAAAGUCCCUGGAGCACCCCACGCCCAGCAAGUCUCCUUCCGGUGACCCGACCGAACACUCCACGUCUAAUGAGACUCCGACAGUCGACGAGAGAGGAGGUCUUCUCGGGGUGGAUGCGGUCAGCGGAAGUGUGGACAGGCGGCCCGAGGAGGCGUCACCGGGCGCCCUGGACGAACUGACCGCCAAUCAUGCCAUGAGCAGAACGUGUAAAUACUGCGGCAAGAUCUGUCUGAAGCCGAGCGACCUGAAACGUCACGUUCUCCUACAUACUGGAGACAAGCCGUACACGUGCGAAGUGUGUGGCAAGUCGUUCAAGGCAAAGGGCAGCAUGCUGUACCACCAGAAAGCCGCUCACAACAUGAACGUGGAGUUGAGUCAGAGUCUGGCCGAGCGCUACAUGAAGCUGAAGAACAGAUCCUUCGAGAAGUCUCUGUACGUCCAUGAGAGGAUCGCCGAGUAUCAUCACCACAUCUUCAACGGAUCCCUCAAGAACGACCUCGACGAGCCGGCUCUGUCGGCCGAGAAGCAGAAUCACGAAUUGGAAUCCAUCGCAGACGGCGAUUCUGCGGGUGAAAAAUCCAAGGGGAAUAAUUCUCGAUGUGUGGACGGUGUUGUUUCGUUUUUAUCUGCCGGUGAACACCACUCGGAGAAAAAUAACGUUCCUUCCUUUCUGGAGAGCAGCUCUGCUUUCCCCUCCGCUGUGAACCGCCAGUUUUCCAGCACCAGUGACGGGUCAGCAGAAGCAUUGAUAAACAAUUCCCAGGAAGAUGUGGGCGAUGCCGUUGGAACCGUUGUCACUGGCGACGGCCCAUUCAUGAAGAGCAGAAUCCGGAUCAGGAACGAGACGGUUUUGAUAACGCGACUGGACGGAGUGAAUCUUUCCACGAACAAAGAGACGUCCAUGUACAAGUGCUACAUCUGCGGUGCCAUGCUCAGUUCCCUCAGCAACGUGCAGGUUCACCUGUCGAUGCACUUUGACCUCGAGAUCACAACGUACCAGUGCCGACACUGCGACGCGACAUUCGAGUCGAAACACCAGAUGCUGCAGCACGUGCUGAGUCACAAGAUAAACAAUAAGCUGGAGAGUCGGGAGAAGACGGACGAGGAGGUUACCGUGAGCGACGAGCGACUGCUGGUCGAAGAUGGUGAGGAUUUCGGGGAGAGCGUUGUCACUGGGAAGAAGCAGAAAGCCGACAUCAACGAGAACACCGAUCUGGCAGCAGAUCUGUGCAUGGAGAAGAGCGGUGUGCGGCUGGUUGGGAGCUGGGAGUGCAAGUACUGCCGCAAGUCCUUCUCUAGACUCUACCUCCUCCAGCGGCACGAGCGGAUCCACAACGGACAGAGGAUGUUCUACUGCAAGGAGUGCCGCAAAGGAUUCAGUGAGUCCGUCAACCUCCACCAGCACAUGGUCCGCUUCCACGACAUUUCAAAAACAAUGUACAGCCAGGUGGAUUCCGUGCUGCCUCGUAAGAUGGACAAAGCGAACCUCGAGUCUCUGAUGCGCAUAGCGUACUGGGACAGGCUCUCCGACCACACUUCGCCAGACGGUAACGCCGCGAACAACAGCGAGGAGGUCACCACCUCGCCUGAAGGCCAGCAGCAUCUCAAGGACUUGGAAAAGGCAAAAGAAUUUCUUGAGAAGGAAGGACUUCAGGAGAACAUCACCGUCGUCAUGCCGUCGGAACCACCCACUGAGCAGGACCGUGCUAACUCGGACACUCAACAUUCCGGCUCGAACCACAUGUCCGACUCCGACCCCGAGGAUCCCGAAAUCAAAGCCGCCCCGAAACGCUCUCUGAUGUCAUUCCGCAAAGAAGGACCUCCCUCCAAGUCGAGACGCAAGGCCUCUCUUCCCGUGAAGCUGGACAGUGUGAAGUCACCGGCAGAGAAACACGUGGAACCUGCUGCUGUGACGACGACGCUGACUACUUCCUCUUCUGAACCUACUGCUCCUUCUGCUGAUGCUGACGACAUAAUUCGUGCAGAAGAGAUCAAACAGGAGGCGGUGGGGGAGGAGGAGGUGGAGGUGGGGGUGGGGGUUGAUGGUGAUCAAGCGGAUGUGGCUGUAACUCUUCCCACCUGUCUGGCCAGUUCGUCUGUUCUCAACACUGUGCUGUCCAAUUCUGCUGUCCUCGCCUCGCUGAAUCCGCUCAUCCUUGCCAGCACCGUCGCAGCGGCUGCUGCUGCUGCUGCUGCACAAUCGCAGUCCUCACAGCUGCUGGCUGGCUCGGGACUUGCGGCCGGUCUCCCCGCCACCGGCUACUCUUCCUCCUCCUGUGUUUCUUCGAUGCCGAUCUCCGUGCAGGUUUCCGAGCCGUCGCAGCCAUCUGUCAGGAGGAGUGUGUCGCCCACUCACUCGUCAUCAUCGCAGCCGUCGCCCGCCGAUCCAGACAGCCUCGUGGGCUUCCCCCGGGUCCAGUGGAACCCGUCGCCAACAGACAGCUCAUCGGGUCCCUCACCCCCCGACGGGAGGAAGCUACACCACAGCUGGCAGCAUGUGACCUCCGAUAGCAUCUCCUCUGAUGGAAGGAAAGUCACCUCACUGUCUCGUACACAUUCCAGAUUGCAUGUUGUCAAUCAGCCAAUAGACCGCGACAUGGUUUGUAAACCGGUUGUUCUGCCCGACGGUCGAGCAGUCUUCCGAUGUGUCUUCUGUUCCAAAGACUUCCUGUCAUUCUCAGAUAUUAAUCGCCACAUGGACUUCCAUGAAGAUAUUCGUCCGUACAAGUGUAAAUAUUGUGAUUAUUACGCCCGCACCAACAGCCAACUCAAAGUUCACAUGAUGCGACAUCAAGGUAUUCGAGACUUCUGCUGUAAGCUGUGUAACUACAAGGGUGUCACACAGUCAGAUUUGAACCGACACAUGAAGUCGCAGAUUCACCUGCUCAAGUCACAGAAUGAGUGCAAGCACUGCAGGGAGGGAUUCGUAACAGCCAGGAACCUGGAGAAACAUCUGGAUGGCAACUGUAUUGUUAAAGUUCACGACCUCGAUAUGACCGACUGAUCAGAGGCAGGGGAGGAGUCUGUAACAGCUAGGAAGAUGCUGCAAACAACUGGAAAGAGAUUCACAACAACAAAAACAAAAAGCUUUGAAAAGUUGUGAUUGAAAUUGUUAUGGUUCUUGAUGCCACAGACUUAUCACGGUCUCACAUGAUGGCAUGGAAUAUAUGAAGAGUUGGGGAGGUAUUAGGAAGAGCUGGGGAGGUAUUAGGAAGAGUGGGGGAGGUAUCUGGAAGAGUGGGGAAGGUAUCAGGAAGCGUUGGGGAGGUAUUAGGAAG